UUUGAUUGUGUUGUAUUUUUUUUUAUGAAAUAAAAGAAAUAAAUAAAAAUUAAUAAAAUCUUUCAUUUUUAUUUUGCCUUCACUUCUCUUUUGGAUUUACCCAAAUUUACAACUUUGUGAACUUUAUAGUUUUUGAGGGUCUGAGUGUUUAUCUGGAUAGUUUUUUCUCUCUGUAAAAUAUCGAUUUUUGAAAAUGGGAAUCGAUAAUCGAUCGACAAAAAAAUAUCGUUGAUAUAUCGAUAUCGUUUCUAUCGAUGACAGCCCUAAAACAGACACAGUAAACCGGUGGCAGACAUAAACCUGAAAGUUCUGAUAGGCAAUGUAGAGGGGAGGAGGGAGUUUGGGGCAGAAAUUCAGAAGCUGUUUCAGCAAUUUAUUAAAGACACUGGAAGAUUUUAAAAAUUAAAGCGACCAACUUCACACAGUGACUUAUUAAGUGUUAAGUAUACAUAGAGAAUAAUUUCCACAAAGAGAAAAAUAUACACCCAGGGACUAUUGUCAGCUGUAUAAUGACAUAAAGGAAAAACAACAACAACAACAACAAAAGUCACAAAUUAGCUAUAUAGCUAAAUCUAGCUAUAUAUAGCUAGAAAUAGCUAUAAAACCAAUAACAAUUGUUCAGUAUAUGUCAGUAUCAAAUAUAAAACAGUCAAUAUCCCAUCCAAAUGGUUUAUAACACAAAAGACAAUCACGCAGUACGGAGAUCUAUGCAGUUUCAGUUUGAAUACAUGUUGUGAAUUUCUGCGAUAUAUAAGUCAUUACAGAAUUUGUGACACAUGCUUCAAUGAAUUAUCGCAAAAUAUUGCUGCAUUUAAUGAAAAUAUGACCGCAAAAAGAUCUUGGUUUUCUGUUAUUGUCUUUCAUCUUAUAAACCAUUGGGACACGAUUAUGACCAUUUUGCAUUUGAUUUUGACAUAUUUUCCAUUAUUGUUAUUGGUCUUAUCCUUUUUUUUUUUUAUUAACUUAUAGCUAGAUUUAGCUAUAUAGCUAUUUUGUGACUUUUCUGGGACCUGUUUAUAUGUAACAAAGAAACUAUUCACUACUCAAAAGAAUCCGUGAGAACCUUUUCACUUGAAAAGAAAGUCUACAUUUAGUGUCAUCAUACCUGUAAGCAGCGAAAUUUAUGGGAAGCUGGUGUUCCAUUUUCUGGCCAAUAUUUGAUCUUUUAAAAGAAAAUAGUAUAUUUUUCAAACACCUCGAAAACUUUCUUGCAUUAUUUUUUGAGUGGUGAAUAAUUUUCAGCAAUGGAAUGAAGUUCUGUAUUCACUGCGGAGAGAAGUACUUCCUAUCAAGACCUGUCCGCAGGGUGUGCUUUUUAACAACUUCCGACGAAACUUUUAAAAUCCAUCACCAAGUGUGAAAGUAUACUUGCGUUACCGUAAAGCUAGAUUCUUCGAGCUCGCUAUAAGGCAUAUUUUGGCAAACAAUUUGACAGUUGAAAAACAGUACAAAGAAAAUAUUCAUUAGGGGGAGUGUAUAUCUGUACAACAUUCAUGUUGAUUGGCAGUGGCUAGGGGUCUAGUAACCGGACAUUUAGACCCAGAGUCAUGAGGUCCGUGACCCCCUAUACGGGUUGUCUAGAGGUCAGGGACAACUAUGACAAGGAGGUAAAAGCAAGCAAACAGAACAAGAGGAACCAUUUUACGUUCAAUAACCGACCAAAACGGCCUGAUGCACAGAGAUACAUCCCUCCAAAACCUGAAGACUGGGACCAACCAGAACAGAAUUCUUCUGAAGAUGAUGAUAUGCCAAAAACCUUGUUCCGUUUUGAGUUUGAAGACAAAGAUGGAAAAAUUUACAAGCAGUAUGUGAAAGAGGGAGUGAAAGCAGAGGUGUUGGCAAUGAGAAUGGGUUAUGACAGGAAUUUGAGUAAAGGAAUGAUCAAAGCCCUGGAACAAAGAUUGCAGGAUGAGAUUGACAGAAGAACAAAGUCAUGACACAACCCAAUAUCCGACCUCAAAACCUUGGAAUAGUAUUCACUGCCUCAGCCGCUUGUGUGCCAAGUCAUUCAACUUUGAAACCUCACAAUGUAUUAACUGAUAACAACUGCAUGUUUUAGAAUAUGUCAAGUUACAAUAGUUAGUUAAAACUGUGUGUGCCAAGGAUAUUAUUAGUUUCGCUUUGCAAUUUUUGUACAGUAACAUUGGAGAAAAUUUCUUUUAGCGAUUUGUACUUUCUAAUUUGUUAUUUAUAUUUCUAAAAUACAGCUGAGUAAAGGUUGGUUGCCAAUCAGUCUUUUUGUUCAAUAAUAAGUAUUUCACUUUCAGAGUCAAUACAACAAUGAUGAGUUUGAACACCAAUUAUUUUAGAACAGACUGAUAUUACAUAUUUCUACAGUUGUACGAUUUUUUUUUCAUUUUGUGUUGUAUAUUUUGUCAGUGUAUUUAAAUACUUUUACCAUUUUUUUUCUUACUACUUUUUUACAUUUUUUAUAGUUUGGUAGAAUCUGAAUAUCAGGUCUGAUGUAUUUUAAGGGUUGUUUCUAAUCAAAAUUUUAGAAGAAGUUCUGUAAUUCUUGAAUACUGUUGAGAGUGCUGGCAAAUCUGACAUGACAUUAUGCUUUGUAGGAUUUUUAUCACACAAUUUAUGAUUAGGUAUUUAACACUUUCAGCUCUAAGAUGUUAAUAGUUGGAUACAAAUAUAUCUUAGCCUGAUGCACAUACUUCUGAAUUUUCCAGUAGUCAGUAUUUAUGUUUUUAUGCCCCUGAAGGGAGGCAUAUUAGUUUUCAACUGUCCGUCCGUUCCUUAGUUCGUUCCUUCGUCACAACGUUAACUUUUUGCAUGAAGGCUUUUUACUUGCACCCAGGACCUUCAAACUUCACUUGCUGAUAGUACUUAUUGAGUACACGACCCCUACUGACUUUGGGGUCACCAGGUCAAAGGUCAAGGUCACAGGGGCCAAUGUUAACUUUUUGCAUAAAGGCACUUUACUCACGAACCGCUGCACCCAGGACCUUCAAACUUCACAUGCCGAUAGUACUUAUUGAGUUCAUGACCCCUAUUGACUUUGGGGUCACCAGGUCAAAGGUCAAGGUCACCAGGUCAAAGGUCAAGGCGCUGCGGGGGCAUGAAUCUGGUUGCCGUUACUUUGAGACUAUAGAAGUAUUUUGAGCAGUUUUAUUUGUUUUUAUUACAUUGUAGAGGAAUACAAAUCAUAUUUAUGUGUUCCUACAGUAAAUCAAAUAGAAAUGAAACCAAAUAUACAAGUGUCAGUGUUUCUUUAACCAUUUAGUGAUCUAAAAUUGAUGGUCAUUUGAAACAUUUUCAUUUUUAUUUUCAAACAGGGAAAUAUACAUCAGUCAGGGCCCGCACUGGCCAUUAAAUGGCUGUAGCCGAUUAAAGAAAAGCUAUUAAAAUCAUAUAAAAGUAUGUUUAAAAUUGCAAUAUGGACCAUCAAAUUUGUAGCCAAAUUGAAAAAUUUGUAGCCAAAGUGGCAUUUUAUUAGCCAUUGCCCUAAUGGCAGAACGGGCCCUGUCAGUAAAAUGUGAACAGAACAUUGAGACAUUUAGUGUUUCUUCUUCACUAUGAAUUGUUGAUGUAGAAAUAUUUUGGACAUUUCAGAGUUUAUUUAUGGUUACUAUGAGAAAUGUUAAAUGUCAGUUUUGGUAAUACAGGUAUGUGUAAAUAUUCCUAGCUUGGUAAUUAUUUAUUAUUAUUUACCUUUAAAAGGUCACAGUUAUGGAACAUUUUUGUACCAAAAAUAAAGCACUAAGAUAAUCAGUGGUAAAAUGUCAUAAAAUUAGGGCUGGGACGAUUUCAAAAUUUUGAAACCGGUUAAUCUUUUGUAUGAAAUCGAACCGAACCGGUUAAUCGGCCGCCAUACUGAAAAUGCUGUUUUCUUUCCUGACGACGGUAUCAAGUUACUUCCAGCAGCUGAUUACAUUAGGAACUUACGAACUUUAUCCUGUGCAAACAAUGUGAUAAUAAGUCAUAUUUUGGUGUAUUUUAUUCUACACAUAUCACCGACAGGCAAAUCUGAGACUUUUGACUAUGUUCAAUGUGUUUUAGCGGAAAUAUACUGUGGGUCUGUGCUUGUCAAAGAAAUGUUUAAAGCACAAUUCAUGAUGUUUAUUGUUUGAGAGCGAAUAGCGGUUUUGCAAAAUUGAAACCGGUUUCACCAAGUAAUCGAAUCAGAUCCGAUUAACCAAGUAAUCGUCCCAGUCCUACAUAAAAUGUUGCUUACUUGUGAUUUGAUGCCUUUAAAGUAACUUUUACUUCAAUGAAUUUGUUUUCUAUACAUUUUAAAAAUUUAUUAUUUUGUUGAAGUACAUGUAUAGCUUUUUGUCUUUCAAAAUUUUUAUUUAUGUUUUUGAGUUAUUAACUCUUUAAGCUCACUCAGUGUUCCCCACUUUGUAACCCCCAUUUUGUAUCCUCUGUUGUUUUCAAUAUAUUAUUAUGCUCUGGUUAUAUACAUAUCUAAAAAAAGGUUUUGCAGACAGACUAGGUAAGAGCAUUCAAUUUCAUUUAUGAACCAGCAGGGUUUUAACUUUUGAUUUACGUAAUGACUAAUUUUACAGUACAACAUAAUGUGUGCUUAAUUUUUCACAGUUCUUCAAUUCUCAAUUGAGAGUCCUUACAUUGCUGCAUAUUUUAUUUUAAAAUUUUGAAUUAUUUGACAUUAAAACCUAUCCAUUGUCAAAAUUAACCUUAAUACACAGUAUAUACCAGAUUGUAGGUAUUAAAUAUUUAUGCUGCCUGUAUAACAGAUACCAGGCAUUAUUCUAGGUUUUCUGUAUAGUAUAUUAUAUUUCAUUACACCGUCACUUCCACUUAAUAACUACCUUAAACACAUGUCACUUAUCAUUUUAGUGAGAAGCAGGAUGCCUUCCUUUAAAAACCAUGUUGAUCUAUUUAUUUACUAUGGAUAACUUACAUGUUUGUCAAACAACUUAAUGCUUAUAUUUCAAGAGAAGUAAGACACGUCAUUUAGUUUAACAGAAGUAGGUAAAGAUCUGAUAACAAAGUUUAUGAGGUGGAUGAGAUUUUGCUAAUUAUUUCCCUUGCUCAAUAUACUCACUCUACCUGUAAGAACUUUUACAGUAAUAUAUCUUCUAGAAGUUUGUACACUCAUUUUCCUACAGUAAUAUAUCUUCUAGAAGUUUGUACACUCAUUUUCCUACAGUAAUAUAUCUUCUAGAAGUUUGUACACUCAUUUUCCUACAGUAAUAUAUCUUCUAGAAGUUUGUACACUCAUUUUCCUACAGUAAUAUAUCUUUUAGAAGUUUGUACACUCAUUUACAGUAAUAUAACUGCUAGAAGUUUGUACACUCAUUUUCCUACAGUAUUAUAUCUGCUAGAAGUUUGUACACUCAUUCUACUUGUAAUAUAUCUUCUAGAAGUUUGUACACUCAUUUUCCUACAGUAAUAUAUCUUCUAGAAGUUUGUACACUCAUUAUCCUACAGUAAUAUAUCUUCUAGAAGUUAGUACACUCAUUUUACUUGUAACAUAUCUUUUAGAAGUUAGUACACUCAUUUUCCUACAGUAAUAUAUCUGCUAGAACUUAGUACCUUGUUCUUGUGAAAGCUGUUACAUUAGAAUAACUGCUGGAAGUGUAAAGUGUUGUGGUAUUUGUGUAAUUUUGUUAGUGAAUAUUUUGCAUGACACUUGCAAUGAAUUGUAUAUACAUUUUAUUUAUACACCUUAAUUACGGUUAGACUGUAAUGAAGUAUUUAUCAAUUGAGCCGUGCCAUGACAAAACCAACAUAGUGGGUGUGUGACCAGCAUGGAUCCAGACCAGCCUGCGCAUCUGCGCAGUCUGGUCAGGAUCCAUGCUGUUCGCUAACAGUUUCUCCAAUACCAAUAGGCUUUAAAAGCGAACAGCAUGGAGCCUGACCAGACUGCGCGGAUGCGCAGGCUGGUCUGGAUCCAUGCUGGUCACACACCCACUAUGUUGGUUUUCCCAUGGCACGGCUCAAUUUAAGAAUUUGUAUGGACCUUGGUUUGUAUUUUAUUCGGGUCUCAACUGGUUUGCUUUUUAUUUAGGCAAAUAGUGGUACUUUAUUAUAUAUUUAUUGUUUAGAGUAAAAAUAGAUACAACUUUUUAAUACAAGUUUACAUACUCCUAAAUUUUACAUGUUAGUUGUAGUGUCAAUGCUAUGCAUUUAUUUGUAAGAAGUAUCAUGUUGAACUGACGAAAUAAAAUAAUCUACUGCA